AUACAGCGAAGAAACCAUUUUAAAGUGUAAAAACUCCCUUACGUUUAGCUUUGUUCAUGUCAGGUGACUCUCCAAUGGCUUCUCCAUUAAGGUCUAAAAAUGAAAAUGGUGAAAACAAUGAGCACACAAGUCCCCAGCAACUAGUUCUUGAUGUAGCUCCUCUCAAUUGUGUGCCAUAUGUUGGCCCGACAAAUCCAGAUGAUAAGUCUGUCUCACCUGAAGAGAAUACUGAUGACACAGAAACAAUCGGUCCUGCUAUGAUAUUUCUGCCUUCCGAAACAACCAGUGAGGAUUUGGAUAGUAUCGUGGCUUGUACCAAACAUGGAGUUGCUUUGACUGGGGCUGCAGCAACUGGAACAAUGGGACCGAUCAUAGGGUUAGUGGACAUCGGUGUAUUAGAGGAUUCGUACUAUUUUCGUGUCUCCCUUCCUGGAGUAUCACCGGAUAAAAAAGACUUCAGCUGUGACAUCGAGUCUGAUGGAAAAGUGCUAAUCAAAGGGCUAACAACAACCGGUGAGAAACUAGUAGUCAAGAACUCUCAAGUCUUUCACAUGCUAACACAAAAUCUAUGCCCAUCUGGACACUUCACUGUUUCAUUCAAGCUACCGGGUCCUGUCGAUCCCGAAAAAGUUACUAGCUGUUUAGCUAAUGGAUUGCUUGAAGCCGUUGUGAAGAAAAGGUAACUGAGGAGGCUCAAAGAGCAAUGGUUAUGGCUUUUUCCUCCCCCUGCAUUGGACUUAGUACUAUGCAUAUGCUUUAAGCAUGAGUUUAGAAAAGGUGAAUAUCCAACUUGAUAUUUAAUGAAUCUGCUACUUUUCGAAUCAAAGAAAUAGAUUUGUCUUAUUUUUGAAAAUCAAAUAGUUGGUAUUAUAUUUUUUUUUGGUGAAAUAUAAAACAAAAAAUUACAUAAA